AUGACCCUUUUAAAUAUCAAAUCUGAAGCUUGGGCAUACUCUCUCGUUACACUGGGAACCACAAUGUUAAGUUCUUUCUUCAGUUUCUACUAUGUGAAACUUUUCUUGGAAGUAUACAAGAUUUCCGAGUUGGCCUUCUACCAGUCCCAGGUCAUUUUAAUGAUCUGGAAUAUUCUGACUGACCUGAGUGGGUAUUUCCACAUGCGCUCUCAGUAUGGUUGCUGUCUCAGUUACCGCUGCUCCCUGCUUGGAGCCCUUUUGCAUGCAGUGGCCUUCUUGCUCCCUUGGUUCCCUUGGAAACACUAUAGAGAAAGUGACUGGCUUACUGGACUGCAGCUAGUAGUCUCACUGUGCGCAUUUGACAGCACCCACACCUGGGUGCAGCAAGCUCAGUGCCGCCUGUUUGCAGAGACUUCCCCCAGGCAUGAGAGCAGGCUGCAACUGACCAGAAUUAACCAGGUGGCAUCCGUGGUCGGCUCUACCAGCAUCCUUUUCUGUGGCCUCAUCUCUCAUAACAUGGAAAUCCUGCCCAAUUUUCAAGCCAUUGCUGUCAUCAUUGCCUUCCUGGCGUCUAUCAGCCUUUACAGUGGCAUGAGACAGUUUGAAUUUAAAAGAAACUCCGAGGAAAACUUCCUCUUCGAGAGUGAACAGGAGUUGGCAGGGACUUCUGUCAUCUCAUUGAUGAGACAAAUCUUGCCUCAGCGGAACUUCUACAUUUUCCUCAUCAUGAAUUUCUUCCAAGUCUUCCAUUUGACCUUCUUCAAUAACUUCAUGAUGAUCUUUGUAGAUACCCUGAUUCCCAAUGAGGCUCUCUCUCCUUUCGUAAGGAGCAUCAUGUACGGGGCUGGCUUCAUCUGCCCUCAGUGCCUGGUACUUCUAGGUCAGUCCUGGCUGAAGAAACUCGGUUACUAUAAGGUUAUUUUAAUUUCUUUCUACUUAGAAGGGGCAGCUGCCCUUGUCAUGCUACUUCUGGGACAGGAACACUAUUGCUGUUUGGCUGUUUAUCUCACUGUUAUUAUGGUGACUGUACACGCCUCUUUUUGCUUAUUUAAUUUGCCAGUGGUGGACAUGGUUGAUGCAGAUUUACUGAAGUUUAACAGGCAGUCUUCUCUUUCCUUGAUGGUUUCUGUCAUCAGUGCUUUAUUUACCAGACCUGCUCAGUCUUUAGCUCCCGUGUUGAUACUGUCUAAGCUAAACCAGCACGGCUAUGGAGAGCCGAACAACAGAAUACUCUUAGAUCUCCAGGACAGCAUGUUCAGUUUGGUUUGUGUGGUCUCCCUGGCCGUCGCAACAGUGCAGAUUCUGACUUGGAGCUCCUUCUCUAUCAGGAACAGAAGAGACUGCUCAGGGACGGUGUAA